AUGGAAGAAGGCACCGUCACCGCAAAAAAGACAGUCUUCGUAGGAGGUAUUGGCGACGAGGUUGAUGAAGCGAUCAUAUACGAGACUUUCUCAACGUUCGGUGAUAUUUUGGAAGUACAGCUCCCCCCGGCCAAUACAAACCCGAAUCAGCCACCUGACGGGAAACACCGUGGCUUCGCAUUCGUGACGUUCUCUUCUGGUGCAGAUGCUCAGGAUGCCAUAGACAACAUGGAUCUUAACGAACUCCGUGGUCGCGUCCUCAAGGUCAAUCUUGCCAGACCAAUAAAGGCCCAAGUGCAACCAGGACAAAAUCGGGCUAUUUGGGAGUCAGAGGAAUGGCUUCAAACGUAUGUCAAGCCUCUAGCACAGAGUGGAGGUGUUCAAGGACGAAGAGGGGGGUCAGAGGACGCAGACGGCCAGGACGCGAGCGAACAAAAGGCAGACGGAGAUGGGGAUGCUAUGGAGGAAUAG